CGUCACAAAUCUGGAAAACGAAACUGACGACUCGGAGUUUCCCGAGAAAACCGAGAAACCUCUUUAAACCAGAGGGGUUGCAGUCGUUGACGAUACUUAAUCAAUGGGUAGCGGGGAUUGAUCGACUCAACUUUAAUUGUUAGUUACAGCCGUUGUCUUGCAUCGUAUGUCUGACCGUUGACGCUGUAAACAUCUGCACUUGAACUCAACACGGGCUGAGGCCGCUCUGCAGAAAUGUCUAGACCACUGCUGAUGCCCUGGCUGCGGACCAAGAUUAACAGUGGUGGAUUUCCUGGUGUCCAGUGGACCAACACAGAGCAUACUGAGUUCUCUGUCCCAUGGAAACACGCCUUGAGACAGGACUCCUCCGACACGGACAUCCUCAUCUUUAAGGCCUGGGCAGAGGUGAGCGGCAAUGGCCAAGCUCACGGAGAACCUUCAGUCUGGAAGAGGAACUUCCGCAGCGCCCUCCGAGCCAAAGGCUUCGUAUUGAUCUCUGACAACAAAAACGACGCCGCUAACCCCCACAAAGUGUUUCGCUGGCCAAAGGAGUCAGCUUCAGGAGCUAACUCUGCUGCUGGAUCCCAGGACCAAGAUGAUCCCGAUUUCUUUGAAGAAUUUCCCCUUCCUACACAAGAGAGUCAGGUCAUCCAAAACCUCGAAGGCUGUCUCUUUCUUCCAGAAGACACAGUGUUUUCAGCAGAAUCCUCCAGCCAUCAUGAUAUUCUGCAGGAGUGUCUAGAGGGACUGAACAUUGGCCCUAACACAGAGGGCACUGCAGGCUUUGAGCUUCCUCCUGAGCAACAGCAGAUCCAGAACCCGGCUGUGAUUGGUUGUUACGCGUUGCCUGGGCAACAGCAGUAUCCAGUGAUGUAUGAGGGUGAAGCUGGGUUGCCUGAGCAACCGGCAGGACCAAUAGAGGGAGCCGUGGGCGGGGCUUGUGACGGGCAGUUUGCAGAGCAGUUCCUACAUUCCAUGAACAACACCAGAGAUGGAGAUCAUUUCAAGACUCAUUUCAGGAUAUCCGUGUACUACAGAGGGGUGAAGGUGUCUGAGCAGCUGGUUACGAAUGAAGUUGGAAUCCGCUUAAUCUACAGGCCCGAACUCACAGGGACAGUUUUGGAUCCCGAUUCAGGCCUGUCGCUGGUCUCUCUGCCAAGUCCUGAAGCCAUGCUGGAUCAAACCCAGGCCAUUCUGACUCAACGCAUCCUGGACAAGCUGGGCGAAGGUUUGGACAUCGGAGUGUCGGGGAGUGUGGUCUACGGCCAGCGACGGGGUGAAAUCAAAACAUUUUGGAGCUUCUCCAAAUUUGACGAGAGCAGACAGCCGCAAGAGAUUUCUAAACUGCAGCCUCAAUCACUGUACAUGUUCAAGGAAUUUCUGCAAGGUAUAUUGAACUUCAUUCAAGGGAGGGAAUCCCCUCCCAGCUCCUUGUUCUUCUGCCUCGGAGAGAAGUGGCCUGAUAAAGACAACAGGCCUUGGGAUAAGAAACUCAUCACAGUGGAGGUGGUCCUGACUUCGAUGGAGUGUCUGAAAAAUAUAGCGGUUGAAGGCGGCGCCUCCUCGCUGCGGUCUGAUGAUCUGCAGAUGUCUCUGGAAGAGAUGAUGGACAUGUACUGACGCACUUUGCUAUGCCUAAAGAAAGACAUUGUUUACCCUUUUUGUGUCUUUAACUUUGACAUCUCAGAAAUAAUGAUGUGUAACUAUUUUACCAGCCUUUUAUUUGACACCAAAUCUGGUAAAAUAGUGGUGUAACAAAUUGCUCUGAUUUUGCUGUUUUGCGAUUUUUAAUGUGUACAUAAAAUAAUUAGACUAGGA